GCAGCUGGCGCGCCGAUAAAUAGAAGCCGCUAUCGACCGCGUGAAAAUGAACGAUCCCCGAGCGGCGCGCGGCGUUUGGCUUCAGCGCGUGGCGCUCCGUCGGGAAGGGAUGGAUUUCCAAAAGGCGCCUCCGGGCGCACGCUUUGAUUUCAUCGCUACCGUCGGGGUGACAUUUGACCCUUUUUGACAUUUGACAGCGACCGAAAUACGCUAAAUGUCACUCCGCCGCCCUGAAAUGCGGCGACCGAACGGACUCGGAUGGAUUUCCCGUUUGAGCGAUGGACGGUAAAUCCAAGAAAAUGUUCGGAAUGGUCAAAUGCUUGCGAGGGUGCUCGAAGGGGUCUGCAGAAGUGUCCGCCGCGUUUCCGCUGGUCGCGCAGAAAGUGGGUCACGCCAAGUCCGACCCAAAGCGAAGCGUACGAUAUCCAAUGCAAUAUGUAUUUGCCAUUUUGUGUCCAAUGUGUUGCUGUUCAAUGGUGCUUGCCUUUGCUGGAAGUAACGUUGGCCUCCCUCCGCUCCCCGUUCAGGUGGCGUUCCCCCCAGCGCUGCCGGCCGCAGGCGGCUCCAUCCAACACCGACAUCGACGUUCACUCCAGUAUGCUGUUGGUGUGCUAAGGAUGGAGGACUCCAGUUUGUGCCUCGGCAUGUCAUCGGCGGCGGCGGCGCCCGACGCCGAAGCCCACCUGAGCAGCGCGGUGCUCAACGGCCGCUACCCAAUCAGCCAGAAGCUCCACCAGCUCACCGCCCAGCUGGGACACGCCUUCCCCGAGCUGCAGCGCCCGCAGCAGAUCCCCGAAGAGAAAGCGGCGGCACCCCUGGACGAGAAGAGCCACCACGCCGCCCUGGCCAGCCAGCCCAUCAGCAGCCAGAUGGCGCUGUUGGCCAACCAGCUCAACCGCGACAUGGACGCCGGCGCGCUGAGCGGCUUGAACGGCCGCGUCGACCUCCAGCAGUUCCUCAACGGCCAGAACCUGGGCAUCAUGUCCCAGAUGAACGACAUCGAAGACGACGCCCGCAAGAACAGGAAGUACCCGUGCCCGCUGUGCGGCAAGCGCUUCCGCUUCAACAGUAUCCUGUCGCUGCACAUGCGCACCCACACGGGCGAGAAGCCCUUCAAGUGUCCCUACUGCGACCACCGGGCGGCUCAGAAGGGCAACCUGAAGAUCCACCUUCGCACCCACAAACUGGGCAACCUGGGCAAAGGCCGCGGCCGCGUCCGCGAGGAGAACCGGCUGCUCCACGAGCUGGAAGAGCGAGCCAUCCUGCGGGACAAGCAGAUGCGAGGAGGCGGCGGCGCCGGCGCCCUACUGCAAGCGGCGGCGGCGGCGGCGCGCGAGCCCCACGUCGGCCUCAACAGCGGCGCCAACGCCCUGCAGCAGCAGCUGGGCUCGGCCUGCGGCCUGCCGCCCCCGCCGGGCCUGGCCGCUCCGGAGGCGGCCUCGCAGCCGUCUUCCUCGCCCAAGCCGUCCGGGGCCCAGGAGGAGCAGGCCCUCAACCCGGCGGCGGGCUUCCGUUGCACCUUCUGCAAAGGCAAGUUCAAGAAGCGCGAGGAGCUGGAGCGCCACAUCCGCAUCCUGCACAAGCCGUACAAGUGUACGCUGUGCGAGUUUGCCGCCGCCCACGAGGAGGAGCUGAUCAGCCACGUGGAGAAAGCCCACAUCACUGCGGAGAACACGCAGGGGCAGGGGCCCGGCGCAGCGGGCGGCACGCAGAUGGCCACCGAGUUCCGCUGCGACGUGUGCGGCCAGGUCUUCAGCCAGGCCUGGUUCCUCAAGGGCCACAUGCGCAAGCACAAGGACUCCUUUGAGCACUGCUGCCAAAUCUGCGGCCGCCGCUUCAAGGAACCCUGGUUCCUGAAGAACCACAUGAAGGUCCACCUCAACAAGCUGGCCAUCAAGAGCAAGCCGCCGCUGCCGCAGCCCAGCGAGCAGGACGUGGCGUCCGUCAACAGCAUGAGCAGCCUGGCGCAGGAGGCCCACGCCAACCUCUACUCCCGUUACAUCUCCUGCCUUCAGGGAGGCUUUCUGGCCCCGGCGGACAAGCAGGCUCUGAGUGAGCAGCACCAAAUGUUGGCCAAGGCCAUGAAGGAGAAGGAAAUGCUCGUCGGCAAGCUCCUGGGCCCCAUGGCGGCGGCAGGAAUGGCCCACGGCCUGGGCGACAACGACAAGCGCUCCCUCCUGGGUUGCCUCAACCUGGUCCCGCCUCUCAAGUCCAGCUGCAUGGAGCGGCUGCAGGCCGCCGCCAAGGUGGCCGAGAUGGAUUCCCUCAACAGCUACCAAGCCUGGCAGAUCAUGGCUCGCGGCAUCGCUAUGGACCGUGUGUGGCCCAAGGAGCAGCAGCAGCAGCAGCAGCAGCAGCACCGCGCCAGCCCCGGGCAAGAUGACGAUGUGGCCGGCGCCGCCGCCGCCGCCGCCGCUGCUCUGUCCUUCGCCCAGGAAAAACAAGACUUUACUCUCAUGGCCUCCACGGACGGAUCCAAGAAGCAGCUCUGCGAGGCCCUGCAGGGCUCCAAGGCUGCCGAGGCCAGGGGCUUUGACCUGAUGGCGCACCACGUCACUGGCACCGAGACUCCCGGCGGUCUGUCCGGCUUGGGAAACCCCAACGCCGACUACGGUCUCUCAAACCUGAAGGACAAGCCUUCGGAGUGCCCCGACUGCGGCCGGGUUUUCCGAACCUACCACCAGAUGAUCGUCCACUCCCGCGUGCACGGCAAGGAGCGUCGAGGCGCCGAGGAAGCUCUCCAGCAGCAAGGCGUGGACGAACGGCGCGGCUCGGCCAGCGACCCCGAGUCCCAGUCCAUCAGUCGCUCCACCACCCCCGGCUCCUCCAACGUGACCGAGGAGAGCGGAGUUGGAGGCGGACACUCGCAGACGGGAAGCGUCCAGGACGACAGCCCGCAUCCCUCGUCACCUUCCUCGGAUGCCGGCGAAGAGGCGGCUUCGUCAGCUGCCAAGGCGGCCGUCGGCGCUCCGCCGUCGGUGUCGCAGCAUCGCGAGCGUGCGCUGGGCUCCGCCUCCAAAGACUGCCCCUACUGCGGAAAGUCCUUCCGCACCUCGCAUCACCUCAAAGUCCACCUGCGCAUACACACAGGAGAGAAGCCCUACCGCUGCCCUCAUUGCGACUACGCCGGCACCCAGUCGGCCAGCCUCAAGUACCACCUGGAGCGCCACCACCGCGAGCGCCACAACGGCUCGGCCGCCGGACACGCCCCCUCGUCCGAGCACAAGGACGACCACGCCAAGGUCUUUGCCCGUCCCGACGUUCUGCGCAAUGUCUUUAAAGGCCUCCCCCCGAACUUGGACUUCAGGGCGGGGCCCUUGCUGCCGCAUCAGUGGGCCGGCGUCACGGCGCCCAGCGAACGCGGGGACCGCCAUUUCGACGCCCUGGCCGACAACACCAAGGCCAACGACGGCCCGGCGGCGGCGGCGGCGGACGGUCCCGCCAGCUUCUCCGAUCUGAGCCGGGCCUACCAAAGCAUGAUGGGAAACGGAGUUCACUUCCAAGGCUCCCUGCAGGCCUUCAUGGACAACUUUGUCCUCAGCUCCUUGAAGAAAGAUCUCAAAGAUAACCAGAGUCCAGUCCAGAUCCAAACCACCCAGUCCUACCAUGACAACGGCGAACCCAGAGCCAAGCGCGCCGCCCUGGCCGACCAGGACCGAGACGACGCGCUCGAGGCCAAGCAGAAUCCGGCGCCCGGAAAACCCGGCUCAAACCAGUUUGAGCCGCUGGAUCUGUCGGUGUCGGUCCGGAGUCCCGAGUCCGGAGCCGCUUCUCUCCCCGGCUCCUCGGUCACCAUCCACGACAACGUGGCGUGGCACGGCUGCCUCUUCUGCUCCUUCUCCACUGCAUCGCUGGAGCUCAUGGCCCUUCACCUGCAGGCCAACCAUCUGGGUCAGGCCCAAGCGCAGAGGGCCGCCGAUACGUGUAAGGAAGCUUCUCCCGCCGCCCAUCGCUCGGCCGACGUCAAGACUUUGCUCUCAGACAGAGACGGGGACGGCGAGAGGAACCAGAUGGGCUGGAACAACCACGUGGAGCAGCCCUACAACCCCUUCCAGAGCGACUUCUACAGGCGCUUCGGCGGCUUGUACGACGGCUCUCCCCGGGGGCCGGCUCCGGGUCUCCGAGGCUACGCGGCCGCCCCCGAGCGAGACCCCGAACUGGCCUUGGGAGGAGCGUCUUCGGCCCGGGGUGACCGAGUCGGCUCGUGCGGGGACCCCGACGAGGAGCCGGUCCAAUCGGACGACGAGGUUCUCCCAUCCGGACGACGCCAUUCCGACGAGGAGCGAGGGGAGAGGGAGGAAGCCGAAGAGGACGAGGAGCCGGAUGACCGUGCGGGCCGAGAGGAAGACGGCAGCCCGCCUCCGGGGCGCCUGGAGAACCACCAUAAGCAAGCGCAAGACGGUUCGGUGGCCGUGACUCCGCCGCCCCUUUUCCAGCCCAAGCAGAAGCAGCUGGCGUCCCUGGAGAAGGCGUGGCAGCACGGCGCCAACCUCCCGCCCGAAGCCCCGCCGGGGCAGCAGAUGAGCAUGGUGUCCGUGCUUCGAGCCUACGGAGGCGACAACUUGCCGGCGGCCUUCGGCGUGAAGAGGCCCGACGCGUCCCUGCCCGCGUGGCUGUCGGAGGAGGAGGAGCAGCAGCCGGUGACCCUUGGGCCCUCUCUGACCCUGGACCAGGACCACCUCAACAGCGACCUUGAUGAGCUUGGCGACCUCGGCUGCAGCCAGCAAGACUAAGCGCCAACGUGAUGGAGAAGAAGAAAAACGUUUGUUUUGAAACUACCUGUGUGACGGACGACGAGCACACACGCCCGUCAACUUUUUCAUUCCUUCCUUCCUUCCUUCUUUCCUGUAUUCCGCCAGCCACCCAGACUUGCUACACAUAUAACUAUAUCGUACCCGGAAUGUAUUCUUCUGUAGACUAGCCACGCUAGCGCGCAGGCUAACUGUUAGCGAUGGCCGUCCAGGCCGUCAGUAAAUAGGCAGGCAACAACACGACAAGAAGGACAAAAAACAACAAACAAUGUGCGUAUUGAGGGUUCUUUCCAUUUUCAACUAAGUAUCACAAAGUGACUGAUUGGUUUGUUUGUUUGUUUGUUUGUUUGUUUGUUUGUUUGUUUGUUUGUUUGUUUGUUUGUUUGUUUGUUUUAAAUCCAACUGCAAAAAUUGCUUGAUUGGCCAGAUUUCAAGUCAUCGUUUUGCCUCAGCUUUACUUGUGGUUGAACAACGCUAGUUGAGGAAGUUCAUGUCGUGCUUGUCUUUUUUCUUUUUUUUUUCUUCUUCCCACCAGCCUAAAGUUGCAAUGUGGGAAGUCUGGCCUUUUAUGUUAUAUGACAGAAAACUAAGAACAAAGCAAUCAGUCCUAUUAGAGAUUUUUUUUUUUUUAUAUAUAUAUAUAUAUAUAUAUCUUUUUCUUUUUUUCUUUUUUGGAAAGAAGCAAUGAUGCACUGCUGACUUUAACAAUGCGUUUGAUGAUUGUGAACAAGGAGCACUUGAACUGCCCCAAGAUGUACUUUGACCCCCAAAGCCCCUCAUAGCGGCAUACCUCCAUCACCCCGCCCCACCCGCCCCUUUUAUGGGGGGAGGGGUCUUUCUCCGUGUACAUUAAGAGAUUUAGGAAGACGUUCCCAAGGAGCGUCGUUUAAAAAAAAAAAGGAAAAAAAAAACAGAGGCCUUUCCCGAGCCUGCGUUCUUCUUGGGAAGAAUUAAAAAAACAAAGAAGGUUUUGUAAAAUAGCGCCGGCCGUCGUCGUUGCACAGUGUUGCUGAGUACUACUGAUGAGGACGAGGACGAGGAAGAUGUAUUUGCUUGCUCCGUGAGAAGAAACGCAAAGAAAAGGAGAAGAAACUGGAAAAGAUGGACAUGUUGUGAAUAGCCUUAGUGUGGACUAUAGCUGUGCUAGACACUUUGAUUUGGCUCACCUUGUCAUUUUACAUCCAAACCCACACACACACACACACACACACAUUGGUAUAUUCCACUUGGGGGUGAGCAUCCGGAUUGAACCCCAAAUCUACCUUGUGAUGAGUUGCAGAUGGCCACCUGUUGAAGAUGAGAAGAGUCAUCCAAGUGACUAGUGCCCCAAACAUUUUUGCCAGCGUGGUCGCUCCAUCCGGAAAAGAAAGAAAAAUGACAAACAAAGAAAAGAUGACAAUCGUUCGCCGUGCUGCAAAGCGUCAAGGGCGCGUGGAUGAGGCUGAGGCUGAGGAUGAAGGUGAUGCUGCUGACCACGCAUAGCGCAGGACUCCUCUCCUUGGCCGUCGCUUGGCCUUCUCUCUGACGCUUGACUGACUGCCUGCCUGGGGUUCUCGCCAGCAUUUUGCACUGUGAUUGUAUGAUGAGCAAGAUGAUGAGGAAGAUGAGAUGAUUCCCUGAAGGCCGCCGCCGCCGUCGUGUGUUUGUGCGUCUCCCUCGGCGUCGUGAAAUGUUUCCGUCUUUUUUUUCAUGUGAAGAGAACGAUUCUAACGCGCUAAUGUACAGUCCCCGAUAAGAUGAUCGUAAUAUUAAUGAUAAUAAUGGUAUGGUAAUAAUAAUCAACCCCGCCCGCCCCUGUUUCUUUUCAUCCCAGCCAAGGUUGGAUCUAUACUCGAUGUGGCUUUGACUUUUCCUUUGGACUUCCUCGGAGCCGCCGGCGGCCGGCCGGCCGGCUUGCGUGCGUGCCGGCCUGCGUGCGUGCAUGCCUGCGUGCGUGCGUGCCUGCGUGCGUGCGUGAGCGAGGGGUCGCCGGAAGGGCGGCGAGCGGUCGCGUUCCACAUCCUCUCCUGGUGUCUUGUGUUUGGCAGAUGCUUCGUUUUGUAACUACUGAACUGUACUUAUAAGAAAAAUAAAAUGUAUUCCAACUCCAAAAAAAUGGGAAAAAAAAGAAAA